AGGGCGCGUAGUAGCGAGAGAGAGAGAGAGAGAGAGAGAGAGAGAGAGGAUGGGAUCGUCGUAAGCAAAACCCUAGCCCUAGGAUCUCGGAUCUCGGAUCCUCGCGGAUUUGUGGAGGAGAUGUGGGGGCGGCUGUACUGGGGGAGGAAGGAGGGGGAGGUGGGAAUCGUGGUGGUGUUCGCGUGGCUCGCGAGCGAGGAGAGGCACCUCGAUCCCUACCUCGACCUCUACUCCGCUCUCGGAUGGAGCUCCCUCGUUUGCCACUGCGAUUUCCUCACUCUGUUUUUCCCUGAGAAGGCUAUGGCGCUAGCUGACAGUGUUCUUAAAGAGCUUAGUAAGGAAUUAAAAGUUAGAUCAUUACCUGUCGUACUCGCGCCCUUUUCUGGGGGAUCAAAAGGUUGCAUGUAUAAAGUCAUUCAGUUGAUUUAUGGAAAACGUGAAGGGCAACUUAAUCCGGAUCAAUAUAAGCUGGUAAGAGACUGCGUAUGUGGCCAGAUAUACGAUUCCGGUCCGGUAGACUUUACCAGUGAUAUGGGUACACGAUUUGCUCUUCACCCAACUGUACUCAAGAUGUCUCAACCUCCAAGAAUUAUUUCAUGGAUGGCAAAAGCCUUUGCUUCAGGUCUCGACACACUCUUCAUAAGCAGAUUUGAAGCACAGCGUGCUGAGUUUUGGCGAACUCUGUACUCGUCAGUUAAUGUGGGCCCAAUUCUUAUAUUAUGUUCGGAGGAUGAUGAGCUGGCACCGUAUGCAGUUGUUUAUAAUUUUGCUCAGCAUUUGCUAGAGCAGGGAGCGUUGGUUAACCUAGUGAAAUGGGGCAGAUCUCCUCAUGUAGGUCAUUACAAGAAUCAUCCGGAUGAAUAUAGAACUGCCGUUGCCGACCUACUUAGCAGUGCUGCGAUAACUUAUUUCAAGAGAAGAAGGCAACAUUUCAGUGGCAAUUCAAUGGUCAUGGCAGAUCCUUGUAAUAGAAUACCGGAGUCUGUAUGCGAUCUUCACACAGCUGCAGUGAACUCGAAUGAGAGCCUCAAAAGAGUGGCUACCGAUCCAACCGAUCAUUUCUUUCUACCAAGCUCUAUGGAGUACAACGAGAACCAAGAAGAAUCCAAAGAUGAGCUAUUCCACAUGCCUAGCAUCAAUCCCCACGGGGUUUUGAGUCAAAUCCUUUUCGACGUAUGUGUUCCGAAGAACAUAGAAGGGUGGGACAUAAAACAUGCGGCUUCCGUAACUGGAAGGCAGAGAUUUGGUUCUUCUAGGCACAGUCCUCUGAAUCCGGUGAAAUGCAUUCGGCGGUCGAGAUUAUAGAGUUUUGAUUCGAGCGGAAUGUGAAGAGACCAGAGCAGGACAUUCUACAGGACUUCCAUGAUAGGUAUAUAUGUAAGAUGUGAAUCCUGGGGAUGAUCAAUGAGAGAUGUAUGUGCAAUAAGAAAUAAAUCUUUCUCGUUGUGUUUCCUCUUUGUCCUUUGAGAUGUAGUGUAAAAUGAGAGGAAGAGUUUCCUUCUUUGAGUGCUUAUGUGAGAGGAGUUACCUGUGUAAUAUGUAUUUAUGCUUUAAAAAUUAACCAAAGCUUAACAUAUAAUUCUGUUGCUGGGGACUUUUGGGGUAAA